AUGUCCGCCAAGUCGAUUUCCGAGGCCGACGGCAAGGCCAUCAUCAACUAUCACCUCACUCGGGCGCCAGUGAUCAAGCCGAGCCCGCUCCCCAAGUCGACAACGCACAACCCUCCUCCAAGACUUGCGUCUCUCUACUUCCCCGAGGACGCUGAUGUCAACGCAGUGCUCAACCAGGCUGAGGUCACAUAUCCUUGGCUUCUUCAGAGUGGUGCCAAGUUCGUCGCUAAGCCUGACCAACUCAUCAAGCGGCGAGGCAAGUCUGGCCUUUUGACUCUGAACAAGACCUGGCCGGAGGCGAAGGCCUGGGUUGCUGAGAGGGCCGGCAAGACGCAAAAGGUUGAGCACACAGAGGGUGUCCUUCGACAGUUUCUCGUUGAGCCAUUCGUACCUCACCCAGACGGUACCGAAUAUUAUAUCAACAUCAACUCCGUUCGAGAUGGCGACUGGAUCCUCUUCACCCAUGAGGGUGGUGUCGAUGUUGGCGAUGUUGAUGCCAAAGCCGAGAAGCUUCUUAUCCCCGUUGACCUGUCUGAAUACCCUUCAAACGAUGAGAUCGCAAAGACGUUGCUCGGAAAGGUCCCCAAGGGUGUUCACAAUGUUCUAGUCGACUUCAUCACUCGUUUGUAUGCUGUCUACGUCGACUGCCAAUUUACUUACCUCGAGAUUAACCCCCUGGUUGUCAUCCCUAAUGCAGAGGGUACAUCAGCGGAUGUUCACUUCCUAGACUUGGCUGCCAAACUAGACCAGACUGCCGACUUCGAAUGCGGUGCCAAAUGGGCAAUCGCUCGGUCGCCCGCCAACUUGGGCAUCACUGCCGCGUCAUCGGCUGGUGACAAGGUUAGCGUUGAUGCUGGUCCUCCAAUGGAGUUCCCUGCUCCUUUCGGCCGUGAACUUUCCAAGGAGGAAGCCUACAUCGCCGAGAUGGAUGCAAAGACGGGUGCUUCAUUAAAGCUGACCGUCCUCAACGGCAACGGACGCAUCUGGACUUUGGUCGCUGGUGGUGGUGCAUCAGUUGUGUAUGCCGAUGCCAUUGCUUCGGCUGGCUUUGCCGAUGACCUGGCCAACUACGGCGAGUACUCUGGUGCUCCCACUGAGUCACAGACUUACUACUAUGCUCGGACUGUAUUAGACCUCAUGCUCCGUGCCCCCAUGUCUCCCAAAGGCAAAGUACUCUUCAUCGGAGGUGGUAUUGCCAACUUCACCAACGUCGCCUCUACUUUCAAGGGUGUCAUUCGUGCCCUCCGUGAGUAUGCCAAGCAACUGAACGAACACAAUGUCCAGAUCUGGGUACGACGUGCCGGCCCUAACUGGCAAGAGGGCCUGAAGAACAUGAAGGCUGCCACCCAGGAACUGGGCCUCAACGCUCACGUCUUUGGUCCUGAUAUGCACGUGUCGGGUAUCGUACCUUUGGCACUCAUUCCCGGUCGGUGGGAGCAAAACACAGUUCCGGAGUUCCAGGGUUAA